AUGGGGCUUAGCUGAACCAGCCCUCUUCUUCAGCCCAGUCGUAAGCACCACCAUGUGGGAACCGGGCUGGAGCUGCUAGAGGCUGCAGCAGCAGCCUGGGCGGUCCUGAGCAGAAGCAACGAGCUCUGCCCUCUUCUCUGGGAUCAUUUAAAGAUAAAAUACCUGCUCUGUUGACAACCGACUGUACAAUGAGGUGCAAGCUCUGUUUGAGAAAUGAACACUUUUGCUGAUAUUUUUCCAUAACUUAGUCUACCAGUCAUGAAACGAAUUCUUCUGUUUUUUAUCCUGGCUGCUGCUGUUAUGUAUGGUAUACUGCAUGGAAAUCUGUGGAAAAAUAACCUCUACUGGAUUAGCUUUUAUGGACAGACUUCCUCUGUGGGGGCUUCUCCUUCCUAUGAGACUAGUGGAGUUACCCAGCUGCCACCUACAGCUGUGGAGAGAAGGAGUGCACUGGACACUUGUCUCCUGAAACCAGCAUUUGAAUCUUUACUGGGUGUUGACAAAAUAUACCCAUUCCUGUGUACUAAUGAUUUUAUCAGGGUGGCAGAGUUCCAAGGGAGUGAUAAGUUUGAACUACCUUAUGGAAUAAAGAGAGCAGAGCAAUUUUUUCGUUUAGCCCUUUCAAGACUGGAGAGCUGUGGACUUUACGAUGAAGAUGACAACAUUGCCUGUCGUCGGUGUGUUGUUGUCGGUAAUGGAGGAGUACUUCGAAAUAAAACAUUAGGGGAGAAAAUUGAUUCAUAUGACGUCAUAAUAAGAAUGAAUAAUGGCCCUGUUAUAGGGUACGAAGAGGAUGUUGGGAGGAGGACGACUUUCCGCCUUUCUUACCCAGAAUCUAUGUUCUCAGAUCCUAUCCACUACGACCCUAAUACAACUGUGGUUGUCAUUGUCUUCAAACCACGUGACUUGAAGUGGCUUUGGAAGAUCCUAAGUGGUCAAAAAAUAAGCGAUAAAGGCUUUUGGAAGAAACCGGCUAAGAAUAUGAUAUACAAAUCUAGUCAAAUCAGGAUUCUUGAUCCCAGCAUCACCAGGAAAACAGCUUAUGAGUGGCUUCGUUUCCCAACAAGGUUUCCUAAGAAGGAGAAACCCAAGCAUCCAACAACAGGGCUGAUUGCCAUUACACUAGCAUUUCACAUAUGCCACGAAGUCCACCUGGCAGGCUUCAAAUACGACUUCACUGACAGAAACAGUUCUUUGCACUACUAUGGCAAUGAAACCAUGUCUCAGAUGAUGCGGAAUGAAUAUCACAACAUCAGUGCUGAGCAGAAAUUCUUGAAGAAGCUUAUAGACAAGAACUUUGUGGUCAAUUUGACGUGAAAGCUGAAUGGAAAAUGCAAAGAAGAAUCACUAUUUUCAAGAUUUGAAAAAUUUUUAUUUUUUGUAUGACAUUUUUAUUUUUUAAGUGCAGCAUAACUGUUUACUGUUUAAAAGGAGCCCAGAAACCUCACCAAGGCAGAAGCUUCUUCUAAGCCUGAGGGUAAUGGACUACUGCAAACAGUUAAUUGAAUUUCUGUGAAGCUAUUUAAUAGUGGGAAAACCAUGAAACUUUCAGCUGAAAGUAUCAGGGAUAUAUAAAAAUGUGAUGCACAUCCCUUAUUUAUCAGUGAGAACUGUUUCCAAAUGAUGUUGUCCUCCAAAAGGGUUCCGCUGUCAAGACUGAGAUGACCAGUGUUUAAUUAGUAGAUGGAUGUAAAGUACUGAGUAUCUGUCUUGUAGUAUGGAAAUGGCUUUAAAACUAUGCCUAUAAAUAAUUACUGUAUGUUUUCGAGAAGGAUGGACGUACAGAGCACACAGGUUUUGCUCUGCCGUACUCCUGAGGAGAGGACGUCCACCGUCAGCAAAGGCAGCACGCGCAGCUUGUGCACUGCCCAUCGACUCUGAACUGCUGUUUGCCUUUGCCAAAGGUGAAGACCCUUUGGUCCAGUUUGUGGAGAUGUUGAUAUUACAAUGCUUGUGGUGUACCCAUUUUAUGGAAGAAUUAUAUUCCCUGUGCUGUGCAUCCAGUAAAUUUUACAGUUGCUGACUUGACUUACAAAAGAGGGAGUAUGAAGAGUGAAGAGUUGUCUGAACUACUUGCGUGUCAGGCACCAGACCACAAUGGAAACGUCGGCUGGGACAGAUGUUCGUGCCUGAGUUUAGAGUCAAUGCUUGUUGGAUUCCUAGGUCUCCAGGGCAGGUUGUUAUGUAUUUUUUUUUGUUUGCUCCCCAAGAGUUGAGGUGGAUUUUUUCAAAUGAGCACAAUCUCCUUCUUCGGAUGCUGUAAUGCAUUUCCACCUUUGAAAUGCGUCAAUACAAGCAAUGAGGACUCUCAUUUUUGACACUAGCGUGUGGUAGGGAAUAUCCAAGAUGUACCUCAGCUGAAUUACCAUUUGGCAUCUGUUUACCUUUCCUGUCCUGACGUUUAGGUUUAAAGUAUCUGGCUGAACUAAAUCAUUUAGCAGUGGGAAUUUACUUGAGAUUUUAAUUGAAACACUUAAUGGGGCGUUGAUGAUUUCUGUAUUGGUUUGUCUCUGACAAGCCUGCUGAAUAAAUUAAGUCUACCUGGGAAUGCACUUGACAAUUGUCAAAGAACAAUAAGUAAUACGCUGUUCUAAUUCUUGCACAGGGUGUGUAUAUGAAGUUUUUAUUUUGAUUGUGGCAGAUUUGUUGGAAGAUUUUGUGGUUAUCUUAAUCAUAUCUAAAAAAAUACAGAAAAGUCCACUUCCAAAAAAAAAAAAAAGUUUAAAGUUGGUUUAAAGUUUAAAGCAGUAAAUAUCUUUGCUGUUUUUAAAUAAAAUUAUAUAGGUAGUGCAUUUAAGGGUAAUGCAAACAAUUGCAAUAUGAAUACAAACCUCUAAUAGGUCAAGAGCAUGGUAUUUCUUCUUUUCAGAAACUGAGGAUUACGGAAGUACUGAACACAAUUUCUUUGCUGCAGCAAUGUAGAGGAAUAACCAAUGAAGUAACCAAAGAGUCUUCUUUCUUUUUUCUAUUACUCUUGGGGAGUAGGUAUUUAAAACAAACAAGCACGCACCUUCCCAUAGUUCUCAUUUCCAUCUUUAGCUCCUUGGCUCUGCCAUUUGGGAAUUAGCGAGGGCGGUAUGAUUCGGAGGGGUGCCACAGCUGAAGGGGAGGAGGCUUGUGUUUUCACCUCAUGACUCCUGAGCUUUGGUCUGUUUCAGGCAAGCUGGACAUACCUGAAAUAAUGCUGGAUAUCAGAAAAAUCUGUGGCAUGGGGUGGGGAAGGACCCAGAUGUGUCCCCAGCAAGGGACAGGCUGUACUAUGGUGUCUUGUCGGCUGUGUUUUCCUUGGGUGCAGCUGCAGUCCAGCCAUGUGGAGGGCAGCAGGCAAGAGUGUGGAGGAGAAGGGAAUCUGGGAGGUCCUAGGGCACCGGAGCAGGUGUUGGAAAUGGAGGAAACCACAAUUUCUUCACCAGGUGGUAGAAGGGCUCUUACUCAGUUUUUUAUGUCUUUUUUUUUUUUUCCCCCUAAACGUGCACGUUUCUGAGGCUUUUAGAAGAACUUUGCUUAAAAAUCUGAAUACAAACAAAAAAUAGUGACGGUGCUGUCUUCGUCUCUACCUGCAUUUAUUUCUCCUGGUUAUUUCAGUUAGUUAAAAAGGUUUGUAUGUCAGUCUGCAGCCCCAGACCUGCAGUGAUUUUAAACUACUGCCAGUAGUAAAUCCAUGUGAGAACGAUGCUGUGGUAAGGCUAUUCGCAGAGGUUGCAGUGUUGUCCAAGCUCUUGUUGCACAGAAGUCCUUGGUAAAUCUUAGGCUAUAUUGAGAGCUGAGGCAGGCAGAAGUGGGGGGCUGCCUCUUCACUCUCAAAAUCUGCAGUCACUUCCAGAGCUGGGGCCCCCAGCUCUCCCAUGGCUGCUGCCAUGAUCCAGCUGCAUCCGUGUAAUGUCUCUUAGUAUGCUGUCUGUAAGGAUUUUUUUCCUGGAGAGCUGUUGGAUUUGCUCCAGACGCUGUGAGGAGAGCGCUUGUGGUGGAGCAAGCUGCUUCCCUCUGCUUCUCCACCCGUCUCCAGUGGCAGGAAGUGGGUAGGGAGCUCUGCUUUUGAGGAUGUGGUUAUUUUCUCUGCUUUAUUUUGUCUCCAGAGAUAUUCUUCGCAUUAAUCUAAACUGACUUUGUCUCCUAAUUCCCCUAAGAGGUGUUCUGCUUUUUGUGGGAGGGUGAGGUUUGGAUUCUAACUAUAGCAGAACAAACAAAAUAACUGAUAAAAAGGCUUCAUGGCAAACAAAUGGUGUCUCCCAAACUCUUUGUA